CGACUUCUGUGGCGGCCCCAGGUCGAGUCGUUUCGGGUUCCAUCACACAGACAAAAAGCCGGGGAGACCCUUGUGCUUGCUGAACAAACUAAGGGAGCCGUCAGGAGACCCAUUUGAUCAGACCGCUCCGUCUGGUGUUUUUUUUUCUCUGCUCUUGAUCUGUUCCCCUAUUUCCUCCGCCGGCCUUCGCUCCUGGCAAACGCAACGACAGAUACCGGCAAAAUGGCGCCCAUAUACUUCGAGGGCUUGCAUGCUGGUAGCAUCAUCGUGCUGGCCGCCGCUCUGUUCCCGCUCUACGUGGUGGGAAGCAUCGUCUACAACCUCUUCCUCCACCCACUGCGGAAGUUCCCAGGCCCCCUCCUGCACGGCGCGACCGUCGUCCCGUACUGCGUGAAAUUAAACCGCGGCACGCUCCCCUACGAUGUGGCCGCCAUGCACGAAAAGUACGGCCCCGUCGUGCGCAUCAGCCCCAACUUCCUGUCCUUCAUCGACGCCGAGGCCUGGAGGGACAUCUACGGCCACCGCACCGGGAACCUGCAGGGCCAGGAGGAGAUGGCCAAGGCGUCCAUAUUCUAUGACACGCGCGGAAUCCCCCCGUCCAUCAUCAACGAGUCCCGAGACAACCACACGGUCCUCAGGCGCCAGCUCGCCCACGGUUUCAGUGACCGCUCAAUGCGUCUACAGGAGCCCAUUAUCGGCAGCUACGUCGAUCUGAUGAUCCGGCGCCUGCACGAACACUGCUACGAAUACAGCGACGACAAGACGAAGACGCACAAGGUGCUGGAUCUCUCGCGCAUCUUCAACUACACCACCUUCGACGUCAUCUCCGACCUAGCUUUCGGCGAGCCCCUCGGCUGCCUGGAGAACUUUGAGGACGACCCCUGGAUCAUUUCGAUGAACGCUAUGGUCCGAGUGUUUGGCCCCAUCCAGGCUCUCAAGCAUCUCGGCUUCGAGUGGGUGGUGGCGGCCAUCUUGAAGUUGGGCCUGUUGCGCUCUCGCCAGGCGCACAUGAACGCGACCAAGGCGAAGCUGCAACGCCGCAUGAAGCUGAGCAUGGAACGCCCGGAUCUCAUUGAAGGCCUGCUGCGCGUCAAGAACCUGGACUUUGAGCGCAUCCGCCUCAACGCCGGCACCCUGAUGGUCGCCGGCUCCGAGACAACGGCCACGCUCCUGUCGGGCGUCGUCUAUCUGCUCCUGACAAACCCCGACAAGAUGGCCAAGCUGGUGGAGGAGGUCCGCGGCAGCUUCCAGGCCGAGUCCGAGAUCACCCUCACGUCCGUCUCGUCGCUGAACUACAUGCUCGCCUGCCUCGACGAAGCCCUCCGCCGCUACCCGCCCGUGGCCGUCGGCAUGCCCCGGACCGUGCCCGCCGGCGGGGCGACCGUCGCCGGCGUCCACGUCCCCGAGAACUCCACCGUCGCCGUCUGGCAGCAGGCCUGCUACCAGAGCUCCCGCAACUUCGAGGACCCCCUCGCCUACAAGCCGGAGCGGUGGAUCAACCAUGACGAGAAGUCCCGAGACCGGCUCGACGCCGUCCAGCCGUUCCACGUUGGACCCCGAAACUGCAUCGGGAAAAACUUGGCGUACUCCGAGAUGCGCCUCAUCCUCGCGCGCCUGCUGUACAGCUUCGACCUCGAGCUCGUCGACAAGGACAAGGACUGGUUUGACCAAAAGACCUUCGUCCUGAGAGACAAGCCUGCCCUCAACGUGUACCUCACUCCUGUGUCUCGAUGAGGGCAUCCUGAGGUAGGGAAUUUCGAUCUUGGGUCCCUUCGUCGCACGUCUGAGGUCCAGUGGACACCUUACGAUUGUUGUCUUGCUUCAUACUCUUUCUGUGUAUAUACCCAUCAUUUAAGGGAAGGAUGAGACGGCUACGUGCGUUUCGGAACAGGCUUUCUGCUGCUCGAAUUCUCUCCACUUCAUCCACCUCUAGGUCUUACAUCUCCAUCUCCAUUGCUUGGUGAUCCCUCGUCGGCGCUGCUC